AUGGUUGACUUUACGGGAGCAAUUUUCAUCAAAACAUCGAAAUUCCGAAAUGCAAGAGUAGUAAAGGCGUACAUUUGCAUUUUUGUAUGUAUGUCAACGAAAGCGUUGCACGUUGAGUUGGUCAGUGACAUGUCAGCUGACGCAUUUAUUGCUGCACUACGACGUUUUAUCGCGAGACGGGGUGAAGUAAAAGUGAUAUUCAGCGACAAUGGAACCAAUUUUGUGGCUGCAAAUCGAUUAUUAAACGAAUUAAGUAACAACGAAAAUGAGGAAUUCAACACGCGAAUUUCAAACGAAUUGUCAACACAGAGAAUAACAUGGAAAUUCUCACCACCGGGCGCACCACAUUUCAAUGGCCUGGUAGAAGCUGGCGUAAAAACAGUAAAAAUGCAUCUAAUGAAAGUGAUGGGAGAACAAAAAUUCACAUUCGAAGAGUUAACGACGAUUCUAGCGCAAAUUGAGUCGGCAGUUAAUUCAAGACCUCUGACUCCAAUUUCGUGUGAUGUAAACGACAUCCAAGUGUUGACGCCUGCACACUUCCUUAUAAACUCACACCCAACAGCAAUCGCCAGCGAAAACUUGGAUGAAUGCAAGAUCAGUUAUCUCGACCGCUGGAAAAGGGUACAACAAACGUCAUCACCCGUGGGCCAAUGGCCCAUGGGCCGAGUCAUUAAAGUACAUCCAGGCCAAGACGGACUGAUAAGAGUGGCAACGAUAAAAACAUCGCACAAUACUUUGACACGUCCAUUAACAAAGUUGGCUCCACUUCCGAUCGACGAUGCCAACGAAAUACCAAACUCAUUAACGAUUGAAAAUGAUUUAAAAAAAUCUACCAACCGUACUCAAAAUAUGGGUACAUCUUCAAUUACGGCAUUACUGACCACCGCAAUGACAAUAACGCCAGUAAAUGCAACUACGUCCGCAAAAUCCAUUGAAACAACAACGACAACGAUCAUCGGAGUAUGCAUGUGUUUAACAUUCAUCGCAUGUGUACUCAUAUUCUCAAAACAAAUACGAAAACUCGCAACGUCGGCUAUGUUAAUUUUCGUAAUGGCCAUUUCAAUGUAUUGUCCAGCGGCAAAUGCAGCUCCAUUACCUAGUUCUGGGUUUUGGAUAGCCGGACAAUACGUUGACAAACUGGAAGCCGAAGACAGGCAAAUGCAAGAAAGAAUAACAAAAUUGACGAACGAUACAAUCACAAGUAUCGAAGGAAUCGACGAUAGCGUGUCAGAA